UAGAUAAAAGUCGACAUGGGACAGGAAAUUUCAAUGGAUGAUUAUGAGAGCGACAGUUCGCUACAGAGCAUCCUUCAGUACCAGGUACAGGGAGACGUGGUGAAGAUCCAGAUAGAACAUCUAGCAGAGAGGUGGAUCCUACGUGCUUGUGUGGCAGAGAGAAGAGCAGCACCUUAUGGUAGACUGAGAUCAGAGUGCGGAGAGCCACUGAUACAGAAACGAGAUCUGAACUGUGUAAUUAACAAUCCAAAGUAUCGAGAUGGAUUUCCAGUGCCAUCUACGACAGAUGACUUAAGCACUUUUGAUGAAGAAGUUUUUGAGAGUUGCACUCGCACUGUUGAAGUUCCUCUAAAACCAAAGAAUCAGCGAGCUGUGUCCAUCCCAAAUCUCAGUCACAUCAGGUCAAGGUUGUCUAGUUUACAGCUACCCUCAAAGCUCCAUCUUCAAGCACCCUCAAAACCUAAAUUUCUGGACAAACUUUUCACCAAUGUUGGAUUAAGUAAGAAACUACAAGGCCGAACAAGAAAUGGUCUAGUGAUUCAGACAAUUACAACAGGAACAGGGGACUCAGAAAACGUAGAGGAGGAUCUAAGCAUUCCACUGGAGAGGGAUUUACCGGGAUCAGUGAGUGAACCACAGACAGAAGUUAGCUCCCCUUGUGAAGAAUUUCAAGAAAAAACCACGCAGUCCACACCAAAUUCUCCAAAAUUAUCGGGCAUUGUGAAAAGGAGACUUUUAGAAUAUCAGCAGAUUGGUGCAGGGAAUAAGGGACCAAGAUUACGAUCCUUAUCUACGCCUUCUUCACCGUCAUUCAAAAAACGAGGAUUUGUUCACCCGAGUCCUCAGACAUCUUGUAAUUCAAAAGGGGAUCCCUCUCUUUCUGUGUUUUGUUCAGGAUUGUCAAGAAAUGAACAAUUUCGGAAGACCGCCAUGUCUAAAGGAUUUGUGAAAGCUCUUGUUGACCAAAUAGAUGGUAACUCUCCAAGUCCAGGUAAAGAGGAAAAACCAAUUGAUAAAGCAAAACCAGCCAACUCAGAAUGUGAAAAAGAAGAAAAAGAAAAGAAUAUUUUAGAAAUUCCAAAUGUGAAGCCCUCAGAUGUUGUGAAGAGUCAGAAUUCGCCCAAAGUUUCUAAAAAGGAUGUUGCAAAAUUUGUGAAAACACCACCCUCUGUUCAUAAGAAACCUUCUACGAGACAUGGUUACUCAGACCAUUCAAACUGUUCCUCGGGGACAACCAGUCCUGUGCUUUCCCCAACCACCAAAAAACAUGUGUUCAACAGUCAUCGGUGUUCUAACUCUUCACAGAAAAGUAGCUCCUCAGACAAUGAAGUUGUGACAUCUUCUCCUAGAUCUUCCCGCAAAAACAAAGAAAUUGUACCCGAGGAGACAGGGGAUACUUACGAAAAUGUUGAAGUGGCAGAGAGUGGAAGUAAAAGUGACAUAAGCAGUAGUGGCAAAUCUCUUAGUUCUGGUUGUUAUAGCAACGGAGUGUCAUCAGUUGGACAGGAAACUGGUGGGGAGGAGGAAACAGGUGGGGAGGAGGAAACUGUUCUGGAGGAGACCAAGCUAAGCCUUGACCCGGCAAAAUUGUUUGACUCCAGUUGGUCUGAUUCAGAUGUUGGCAGCUUCAGUGAGUUUGACAGUGACCUUGAAGAAGAACAUCCGGUUGAGGUCAAAGAGGAUCCAAAUUGUGUUGGGGAGUGUAAAAUAAAGAAGAUUGCUUCAGAGUUGUUGCAAACUGAGGCAGCAUAUACUAAAAGGCUUCAAUUACUGGAUGAAACGUUCCAGAAAAAAGUCCGAGAGGAGAAUGAGAGCCAGAAAUUCCUUCCUUCAGAUGUCAUUCCUCAAAUCUUCUCCAAUAUCACUAGUAUCCACCAUUUCCACAAAGACUUUCUGCUUCCUCAGCUACAGAAACGCAUGGAAGACUGGGAAGCACAACCAAGGAUAGGAGACUUAAUGAAGACCAAUGCCCCCUUCCUGAAACUAUACACAGAGUAUGUCCGUAACUUUGACCAUGCCAUGAACCUCAUCAACACCUGGGUGGAAAAGUCACCCAAGUUCUCAUGUCUCCUCAAAGAAAUCCAGAGCUAUCCAGAAUGUGGGAAGCUGACCUUACAACAUCACAUGUUAGAACCCAUACAGAGAAUUCCUAGAUAUCAGCUACUGCUUAAGGAUUACAUCAAACAUCUACCAGAAGACUCGCCAGAUUCUCAGGACGCUAAAUCUGCUCUAGAGAAAGUAGAGAUUGCAGCAAAACACUCAGAAGAAGCCAUGAAAAAAAUCGAGAAAUUCCACAAGUUGUUAGAAAUCAAAGAAAAAGUGACCACCACCAUAGAUCUAAUAAGCCCCACCCGCGAGUUAAUACGGGAGGGGAAAAUUAAGAAGAUCUCGGCUCGGGGGGGAGAGAGAUUGGAUCGGUAUCUGUUUCUGUUUAAUGACCUACUUUUGAUUUGUGGGGAGUUGUUGCUGGGGAGUUACAAGUUGAAGGCAGAGUUAACAAUUGAUGGACUAGAGAUCCUGGAAGGAGAAAAUAUAGACAUUCCAAACACGUUUUAUGUUAAAAGCAGACACAAAAUUAUCCAGUUCUUAGACGAAAACCCUGGAGAGGAGAACAGUUGGUGUGAGAGCAUUAAGAAUGUAAUCAAGGAGUACCGGGUCAGGAAACCCUCUGUUCGAGUCACAGAGUUACCUCCAUGUAAUGGGGGAGAGGUUACUGAAAGUGACCUUGGGAAUGUGGCUCCUCAUUGGAUUAAGGACGAUGAGGUGUCGAUGUGUCAGCUGUGUAGUAAAUCAUUCACUGCACUGAAACGGCGACAUCAUUGUCGAGCUUGUGGCAGGGUUGUGUGUGGAAAGUGCUCAUCUAAGAAGAGUAACUUGGCCUAUGACAACAACAAGCCAAACCGAGUCUGUGAUAAAUGUUUCCACAUCCUGAAAAAUGUAGAUGGCAAGGAUGUCAACAUGAAAGCUCCUAAAGGAGUCAGGAAGAUGAAUGCCAAUGACCCCUCUAUUUUGUCUGGGUACCUCAAUAAAAGUAUGGACCGAGGGAAGACUUGGACCAGGAGAUGGUUUGUCGUCACCAAGGAUUUUGCAAUGUUUGAGUUCAAGGCACACCAGGAUAUAUAUGCCAUAGCAACCUUGCCUCUACCUGGUUACCAGGUGAUAUUUCCCUCCGAAAAUAUGGAGAAUGUGUUCUGUCUGAAUCACCCUCAAAAAAUGCCACCCACCCACCUACAAUCAGAGUGUGCUGCCAGUCGAGAUAGAUGGGUGGAGGUUCUGAAGAAGAUGGUGAACCUAGAACUUCCAGAUGAUCCAAAUCGAAACUCAACUCACUCCUCAGAAAGUUCUGGAAGUCAGACCGCAGACGACAAACAUCAAGACACAGCAGAUAAACAAGACAUAGCAGAUGACUGAUAAUUAAUCCAAACAUUGCCAAAUCAUGUCAGACUUUAAUUUUAUGAGAAUUAGUGAAUUGCCAAGAUACAAAAAAUAUGCAAAGGUCACAUGUUUGAAUGAUCUUGAUUGAUACUGGGUGUAUAUUUGAAAAUGUUAAGUUUUCCAACAUUGUUAAUUUUUAACGACAUUAAAAACAUUCAGAUCAAGAGCAGCAAUGAUUUUUUUCAUUUAUUUCAUUAACACAUGAUAAAUUAGUUGAUAAGUUGUCAUUAAGAAUAAAAGAAUUUGUAUUUUGUGGUAUUUGAUAUUUAUUUGUGAAUUAUUGUUUGCUAAAGCUUUUUUGAGUAUACAGUCAAACCUCAUUAUCUCGAACUCCAAUGGACUUGGAAAAAAACUGUGAGAUAUUAGAGGGUUCGAGAUAUUGCCAUUGAGGGUAAAAUACAUUAAGAAAAAGUGUUUUGGACUUCCAAAUCACUUUGACAUAUCCAUGGUAUUUAAGAUAUCCGUGUUUGAGAUAUCAAAGUUCAGCGAUAUAUUUUGGUUUGCUCAUUGUAUGAGCUUAAAACUUGACAUCAUUGAAAAUCAAAAUGAUUUAAAAUGACUGACAUUGCAACAGUGAAAUGGUAUUUAAAUUGUGUUUUACUUUUCAUCAAAAUCAUUUAACAUUCAAAUGACAUAGUCUGUUUGUACUGUUAUAGGCUAUAUCAGUAUGAUACAUGCAGCUUUAAUUUUAUGUAAUGUGGGCUGUUUUUUGUGCAAUGACUUUUUACUUUUAAGCCAGCUUUUUGAUUACAUGUGUUUCUUGUGUACAUGUUUUAAUUUGUUAUGUGAUAACAGCAAUUCAUAUUUUUUUUAAAUUUGCUUGAAAUGAGUGUGUGUCAGAUAUCUGUACAGUUACAG